CGCCCCGAGCCGCUCUCUGAUAACGAGGCCGAGAUCCUCGGGCUGAGAACGGCCGUCCGCGUCGCGCGCGCCCGGGAAGCCACGCGCGAGCGAAAAUACGUCACGUGGACACAGGGCAGCUACUACCCGUUCGAGAAGACGUACACCUUCGACGAGAAGGGCGUCAGGCAGGUCGUCAGCGACGUCUGGCCGGAGUGUGCGGGUUAUGUGUCUAGCGAGCCGCCCGUCGGCUGUGCACAGCAGCCUGCACCACCGAUCCCUUCCAGCCUCGUACUGCCUUCUGGCGCUCCUCGCUUUGUGUUCCAGUUUUGA